UUGAUUUUAAGUUUUUUAUUUAUUUCUUUCAGUGCUUUUCAACUACCAGAUUAUGUCAGGUAACAUAUAAAGAAAUGUUCAAUCUUAAAUUAUAAAAGAAAUUAUUGAAUAAUGAAAGAAAAUUUAAUCACGACGCCUUUUCUUUUCGCUGUGAUCUGACGAUUUACUCGAACUCGGCCCGUCAUCUUUCCGUUUCGAUCCUUUCUUAGCUGUGUCCAAGAAUUUAUCAAGUUGGAAGAUAUCGUCCUCUUUCUCGAACUGCACUGGUCCUUGACGCUGAUUCUGUGCUGAUCGAUCAGUUCCUGAGAAUUCUUUAUCAGGAACAAAUCGACUUGUGCUAACAAUUUUCUCCAAGUCACCACCGUAAAUGUCUUGAUCGAUUUGUUUGCUCGGACGAUAAAGAUGAGAGCCCAAAGUUCCACUUUCACGCCAUGGUUUAUCGUAAACGUUGUAACCUUCAUCGUCACCGUAUCCAGAAUCCAUACCUUUAGUUGUAUUAAAUAAUCGCUGAUCAAAUUGGCUUUCACCACCGAACUGCGUCUUUGCUGGCAUUCCCAAAGCAAUCUGUUCACUAAUGUCACGCUCACGUUCUUUCUGAAGCUUCGAUCUCUUAUCGGGUGCUGCUCUUGCUAGAUUGCGAUCACGAGCACGUUCUUUAUGUCUUUGAUCGCGAAUCUCAUCACGUUCACGGACUUCAGCUGACACUUCAGCAUCGCCUGCUGUUGGAUGACGUAAACCAUUUCGUUCUUCACGUGCUCGUUGUGCCAUUUGUCGUAAUUGUUCUUCCUUCUUCUCUUUUUCCUUCUGUGCUAAUUUCUUCUCAAGUUGUGCUCGAGCUUCAACAGCAUCUCGCGCUUUGCGAUCAGCAAUGUAGAGUGCUUCAGCCAUUUUGGCGAAUUUUUCAUUUAUGUGAACUUGUUGUAAGCCACGACCAUCAGCAGCUAAACGUUUAUCGAGAGGAAUCGUAUAACCUUUUGCAUUCUUCCAGUUACUGAUACAAGGAGGAACUUUCCACUCUUUUUGUUCUUUAACUGAGACUUUUCGAGAUGGUGAAUGAAGAACAGGAGCUGGCGGUGACGGCGGUCCUCGAGGAAUUUUCUUAUUAAUUUUAAACUUUGGUGGUUCCAAAGGAUCAACUUGAGCUUCCACCAUCCGAAUGACUCGUUGCUUAGCUCCCGAAUUAAAUUGUCCAUUUCCUUGUUGUGCAGGAGUGUAACGAAUGUACUGAGCAGGUCCGGCUUUUUCUGCUGCUCUCACAGGCAUUGCAGCAGCAAUCUUUUGAUUCGUCAAUUUCUCUAAUGCUCUUCUUGUACUUUCUGUGAUGUCCUGGAUCUCCUCUUCUGAUGGUCGCUGCAAUUCUUCAGCAUCUUCAGCUAAAACUUCUGCUGGAAGUAAUUGAUUUAUGUUUGAGUAGACAAUCUUAUCUUUUGCAUGUCCCUGUUUAGCUAUGAUAUCGUAUUUGAUCUUUCCAGUGCUGUCUGUUUGAAGUGCAAGUGCAUUUGACUUUUUUCCACCAGUAUUUGGUGCUCCCAUUCCCAAUGGAUAUUGAGCGACAUGAAUCUCGGGAUAUGCUCCACCAUCACCAUAGUCGUUUUCUGUUCUUGGUAUAAAUCCUCGUCUAGCACCAUAAGGAGGUGCUGUGGACUUGGCAUUUUGAAGCGCUCCUAAAUUUACUUUCACUACUGUUUUUUCAUCGUCUCUGUCGAAUACUUUAUUAAGUGGAGCAGGAAGUAAACUUGAUAAAGACAUUUUAUUUUAUUUCGCGACUAAAAAUUAUGACGAAAAAAAACUAAAGUUUAGCAAACAUGGUCAUGUUUUAGAACAGGGAAAUUUCUUUUGUUGUGCUAAAGAAGAGUGCUAAAGAAAAGUGCUAAAUAUUAAUUUCGUGGUCACAAAAAAAAAGUUGAAACUUAAAAUUCAUAAAAAUAUCAAUUAAGUCUUAUUAACAUCGAUAAUAUCAAAUUUUAUAAUUCAACGAGAAUCAGAAACAUAAAGAAAUGGCCACAAGAAAGAAGGUUCUUUUAAAAGUGAUCAUUUUGGGAGAUUCCAGUGUAGGAAAGACGUCACUCAUGAAUCAGUAUGUCAACAAACGAUUUUCAAAUCAGUACAAGGCUACAAUCGGUGCUGAUUUCUUAACAAAGGAAGUCGUCGUGGAUGAUCGCGUUGUGACUAUGCAGAUAUGGGACACAGCUGGUCAAGAGCGCUUUCAAUCUCUCGGUGUCGCUUUUUAUCGUGGUGCCGAUUGUUGUGUUCUCGUAUUUGACACUACAGCUCCAAACACAUUCAAGAACCUUGAUUCCUGGCGCGAUGAAUUUUUAAUUCAAGCAAGUCCAAGAAAUCCGGAACAUUUCCCAUUUGUUGUUUUGGGAAAUAAAAUUGAUUUGGAGAAUCGAGCUGUUUCAAGUAAACGAGCUCAGCAAUGGUGUCAGUCUAAAAAUGAUAUUCCAUAUUUCGAAACAUCAGCCAAGGAGGGAAUUAAUGUUGACCUCGCUUUUCAAACAAUCGCCAAGAACGCUCUCGCCCAGGAAACUGAAGAUAUGGAGACAGGCGGCUUCCCCAACAUAACACUGAAUCCUGAGCCCAAUACACGACAAAAUCAAAAUGAUUGUUCAUGCUAAUUGAUAAUUUAAUUUAUCCUUUCUCACAUUUAAUGCUGGUGAUCGUUGCAUACACACAAAUUAUCUUUUAUCAUGGCAAAAAUAGUUCGUAAAUCAAAAAAAUUAAAGGGAGAAAAAUCGUACAGUGCAGUGCUUGUUGUGUAAGGAAACAAAGAUGAAUAUUUAAGAAACAUAAAACAAAUUUUCUUAAUUUUAUUCAUCAUUUCUUUUUCUUUCGUCUUUUUAAGUUACGUCAAUGAAAAGUUUGUGAGAAUGAAAAUAAAAAAAGUUUCUGAGAAAUAUCAGAAGGAAUAUCAUCGCAUGCAAAGAGAUUAUAUGAUUAUUGAAGUUAAUUGAAAGAUGUCAAUUGUUCAUCUUUCAAUAAUCUUUCAAAUAAGUUAGCGACGUAAUGACCAGACGACCUUUGUAGAUUAUUCUGUCGUUUAAUUUGUAUUCAAUUUAUAAUUUUCCGCUAUAAAUUAUUGUUGUCGUUUACUAGACGACAAACAGAAAUGGAAAAUAUUUAAAACUAUUUAAAGAUUAUUCUUAUAUCUUCAAAAUAUUACGAUUAACAUUGAAACUUUCCAUAAUUUGUUUAGCUUAAUCUCGCAAUAUGAAAAGGAAUGAAGAAAUGUUUUCAGUCGUCAAAAAUUAUUUCCUAGUUAGACGGAUUUGUUGUAUCAAAAUCAUUAUUUUUGUACCUCCUACCAUUUGUUUAAUUAAUUGUUUAAAGAAGAAAAUACGAAAAGUUAUCUUGCUUUCUAAAUUUUCAUAAAAAUUUUUUAUUGGAGCUUUGAAACUUUUAUAUGGAAUUGAAAUUUACUCCAAUAGCAUAAUCAUAAUUCCUAUGCUACAACAUUAAUACAUUUAAAGCUCUGACUCGUACAGCUUCAAUAACGUAAAGAAAAUUCCAUGGAAAGAAGAUUAAAAAAAUUAUUUUAGUGUAGAAAGAAUUUCUGGCACUUUUUCUGUAAACUCUUUGAAUCCUUACCGAACAUUGAGAUUGUCAGUUGUUAUCAUUGAAUAAAUUCCCUGAAAUUAUUAAAUAACUUGAUCUAUAUCUAUAGGAUUCCAAACAAAUAAAACAAAAUGAUUUUAAUCUAUUUUUUCUUUUUUUCUUCCUUCAAUAAAUAAAAUUGAAAAUAACAGAAAAUUAAAAUUUUUGAUAAAUAAAAAAUUAUGUCCCUAAAUUUGAAACGUGAAAUAAUUAAUUAAUAAAUAAUUCUAUAAAAUAAAUAUCUAGAUAAAUGUUCUUAAUUGAAUAAAUAUUUUUAUGUUGACUCGAAAUAUUUUCAGAGCGAAUUUUCUCUCCUUCUUUCUCUC